ACCAACCAGUAACUAAUGAUCUAUGGAAAUAUGAUUCUCAAUUUGACACUUAUUGCUUUCACAGAAUUUAUGUAAAAUUACUUUUAUAUGCAGGAUGAAUGAUUAUAAAAUGCCUAUUAUCGAGCCUACUAUCGAUUAUACAAAGGUGGAAAUAUUUAAACAUCCAUUUUUCUUUGCAUGUUCCACCAAUAAAUCAAAAAAGAACAAUUUCUUUUAUUAAUCAUUUUAUUAUACAUACUGUAACGUUUCUUAAUAAAUUUGCACUAUCAUGCGAAGAGAAAUUAUUUGAAUUUGAAAAUAAACUUCAAAGAGUAGAAGCAUCUCUAGCAAUUCUUGAAUCUCGGUUAUCUUCGAUACCAGACUUGCAACCAUGCACAGAUAUUCAAAAUGAUAACAUCAAAGAAAACAAUGAAGUUAAAUCUGAGAAUGUAGAAGUCUCAAAAAUAGAUGAACCAGAUAACGUAGAGGAAAACAAAUCUAGUAGCAAUGAAUCUUCUAUACAGCAAGUUGAAAGAGAUCCUCGUUAUGAUAAAUAUUUUAGAAUGAUUCAUUUUGGUGCACAAAAAGAAGCAGUCAAAUUACAAGUACAACAAGAAGGACUCGACCCGACUGUUUUGGACGAGCCUCAACAUAUACCUUCUUCUAAAGGCAAAUCGAAUGUGGCAAAUACAACUGCGAGUCAAGGUGACUAACUUAUUGAAUGUUAUAAACAUACUAUCGUUAACAUAUUUGUUAUAUCAAAAAAAUCACUCUUAAUAAAAUAAACAAAUAUAAAAAUUCA